AUGAACUAUAAAGAGGCUCAGAACUCCUACGAAAACAGUCAAUUCGACAAUGUUGUAAGGAACGACUGGAGGGCUAGGAAGAAACCUAAUUUCGGGCAAUGGCGCCAAAACCAAGAAAAUGCGGAAAAUAUGGAGGAGGUUAUCCCUCUGACGACUCCUCGCCCCGAGACCACGGAGACGGUGGAACAGACAUUAGUACCGCGCACUCUCCUCGAGGUGUACCGCCCCACCUUAAGAGAAGACCGCGAUAAUAUUGAACAUGAGGAGUCCAACUUCCGGCCAAGAUGGAGACAAACUAGGCUAAGGCCUCAGAGACCGGGUGCAAACGCUCUGCUAACAUAUUCAUCGACAGGCAAACCACCAAAGAAGGAAUAUAUCGAGACAGACAGAUAUAGGAAUAUAGUCGGACUCCAAAAACGAACACAUAACGAGGAGAAGCCCAAAGGGUGGCACGGACCAGAAUCAGACCAGAGCGUACGGCGCGUGGCGUUCCGCGCGCGCUUCAAAGACUCAAUAGACCAUCGCAUAGAGCUAGAGCUGAAGUUCAGCUGCGAUCGCGGGACUAGCGCAAGAAUGCACCGCGGUCUCGACCUAGAGCAGGAAAAGGAAUUGGGGGGUUUUAAAUCAUGGCACGGACCAGAAUCAGACCAGAGCGUACGGCGCGUUGCGUUCCGUGUGCGCUUCGAAGACCCAAUAGACCAACGUAUAGAGCUAGAGCUGAAGUUCAGCUACGAUCGCGGGGCUAGCGCAAGAAUGUACCGCGGUCUCGACCUAGAGCAGGAAAAGGAACUGGGGCGGUUUUAA